GCCAGCAUAAGUAGUGCCCAAACAAUAAUUAGCAGUGGAUCGGAGAGAUAUUACCAAAUCCCAGACUUCACAGCUCCUCUCCUCAGACCUCUGCAGGUUGGAUCGAUGGCGCUCAAUUAUUGUGAUAGUGCUACAAGCGAUGACCUGUCAGCCCCUUUGCUCCAUCAACGGGAAACUUAUGAUAAUGGAAAGGAGAAGCAAGCUCCACAAGAUCACGUUUUGAACGUAAGUUAUUUAAGUGAACAAACUCACAAUGGACACCCUGAAAAUGAAAAGGAGAAACAAGCUGGUCCACAAGAUCAUGUUUUGAACAUAGAUAAUUCAAGUGAUCAAACUCACAGUGGACGAAGUAAUCAUGGAAAGGAGAAACAAGCUGGUCCACAAGAUCAUGUUUUGAACAUAGAUAAUUCAAGUGAUCAAACUCAGAGCGGGCGAAGUAAUCAUGGAAAGGAGAGGCAAGGUUCACAAGAUAAGGCAUUGAACACAAGUUGUUUAACUUGUCAAACUCACAACGGAGGAAGUGAUAUUAGAAAGGAGGGCAAAUCAAGUGGUGACAAUCUUAAACCAACUUUGGUAUCCAUUGGCCCCAAGUACGAAUUCAAGACCCAAAAGUACAAGGCUACGCAUUUCAAUUCUUUUCUCAAAAGGGGAGGGGAGGGGACAACAAAAUUAAACAUGAUGAUGAGUAUGUACCGGGAACACCUUAAGGAUCCGGAGUUGAAAUUGGUGAAAAAACCUCGAAAAUAUUAUGCGGAUAUUGGAAUUAACUGCCCUGGUAGUGAUGAAGAGUUGGUGAACAUGUUGCUGAUUGAUGGUGGUUUUUUGGUGGAGUUUGUUCUGAAAUGCAAGGAAGGUGACAGUGACGACCUUCGCAUAAAAGAUAAAGGGAAGGAAGCCCGUAAAGACAUGUUGUGCUUCGGGAAUCAACUCCCUUUUGAUGUCCUUAACGUCCUCUAUCAAAAACUGAUCGGCUAUACCAAAGAGACAGACCCUCCGAGUUUCAUAAGAUUGGUGAAGUUCGCAUUUGCAUCGUUCGCCCCCAAUAUUACCAUAUCCAAUUUCUUUGAUGAUACCAAACCUGAGAACCCCCUUGAUAUACUCCAUGUUCUCCACACCCUUUGUCUUCCAAUCAAUGCCCCCCACCAACAAAACCAAACAGUUAACAAAGAGUGGCCAACACUAGUGCAUAUUAUCAGUGCCACGGAGCUUCAAGACGUGGGAGUUAUGUUUCAUAACACUAGCGUAAUCUACACUAUGCCAAGGCAAUACCACACAGUUUCAUCCUUAAAAGAGUGCAAGGAUACAACUAGCCUAUUCGACAUAACCUUUUCGGGCGGGGUGAUGAAGAUUCCUUCUUUCAAAGUCGACGACUUCACUGAAAUAUUCUUCCGAAACAUGAUUGCCCUGGAGCAAUGCCGCACUCUAAAACCCAAAUACUACACAGAUUACGCCAGGUUGAUGGACCACCUGGUGGACACCAAUAAAGACGUGAGUUUGCUCCGCAAGAAUGGAACCAUUCACAACCUUUUAGGCGAAGAUAAGAAUGUGGCCGAUGUGUUCAACAGUGUGUGUGUUAAGGUAGAUAUUACCACCAACUUCUAUUUUGCACCGCUCUACACAGCUCUGAAUCGCCAUUGUAGCAACAGACUCCUUGUGUGGAAGGCAAGACUAAAAAAUGAUUAUUUCUCCGAUCCGUGGAAAGGGAUUUCCUCUAUUGCUGGUGCUAUCGUCUUGUUACUUGGUGCCGCCCUCACACUCAAAAGUCUACUUUCUUAGACCCACCUCAUUUCUCAAUAUGUGCACUACUUCAACUAGCUUCAAUUCAUCAUUAAUGUGUACUUUAUACUAGCUGGUCACAAUAAAAGCGACGCAUCUAGCUAGUU